AUGCAUCUGAGCCCGCGGGAAGAAGACCACCUGCGCCUGCACCAGGCCGGCGUCCUCGCGCAGAAGCGGCUCGCGCGGGGCCUGCGCCUCAACUACGUCGAGACGAUUGCGCUCAUUGCCACCCAAAUGCUCGAGCUCAUUCGCGAUGGAAAGACGGUCGCCGAGCUCAUGAGCCUCGGGAAGACGCUCCUCGGGUUUCGCCAAGUCCUCGACGGCGUUCCGGAGAUGCUGCACGACGUGCAGAUCGAAGGAACUUUUCCGGAUGGGACGAAGCUCGUGACGGUCCACAGUCCGAUCUGCCGCGUCGACGGAGACCUCGCCCUCGCGCUCUACGGCUCCUUCUUGCCCGUGCCCGACCUCGCCGUCUUUGGCGUGUACGCGCCAGUGAAGAAGGAGUCGCUCAUUCCAAUGCAAGGCGACGUCGUGCUCAACGCUGGUCGAGAGAUGCGCCAUCUGCGCGUGACCAACCUCAGCGACCGGCCCAUCCAGGUCGGCAGCCACUUCCACCUCAUCGAGACCAACCCGCUCCUCGAGAUGGACCGCGGCCGCGCGUACGGCCAGCGCCUCAACAUCCCGUCGGGCACCGCCGUGCGCUUUGAGCCAGGCGACUCGAAGCUCGUGUGCACGGUGCCCAUUGGCGGCCAUCGCAUCAUUUCCGGUGGCAACAACCUCGCGUCGGGACCUGUCGACGACUCGCGCAUCGAUGCGAUCGUGGCGUCGCUCGUUCAGAAAGGCUUCCACCAUGCGCCGAUGCAGUUGAUCCCGCCGACACCGCCGACGCCGUGCCGCAUGUCCCGACGCAACUACGCCCACACGUUUGGGCCGACGACGGGCGAUAUCCUCCGCCUUGGCGACUCGGAGCUUCUCAUUCGCAUCGAGAAAGACUACACUGUGUACGGCGACGAGUGCAAGUUUGGUGGCGGCAAAGUCCUGCGCGAGGGCAUGGGCCAGGCCACUGGCCGCUGCGCCAAUGACGUCCUGGACACGGUCAUCACGAACGUCGUCAUUGUCGACUACUCGGGCAUCUACAAGGCGGAUGUUGGCAUCAAGCACGGCCGCAUCUGGGCGAUCGGCAAGGCGGGCAACCCCGACGUAAUGGACGGUGUCGACCCCAACAUGGUCAUCGGCGUCAACACGGAAGCGAUUGCUGGCCGCGAUCUCAUUCUGACAGCCGGCGGCGUCGAUACGCACGUCCACUUUAUCUGUCCACAGGUAGAAUACCACGGAGAUGAGCGGUCGCAUAGCGGUCUCACGACGCUCGUCGGCGGUGGCACGGGACCAGCGACCGGCACCAAGGCGACGACGUGCACGCCGCACCCCGAUCACCUCCGGAGCAUGCUGCGCGCCACGGACGGGAUCCCGAUCAACGUGGGCUUGACGGGCAAGGGCAACUCUGCGUCGCACACGGGGCUUCAGGACAUCAUCGAUGCCGGCGCUGUCGGCCUCAAGCUGCACGAGGACUGGGGCACGACGCCCGCGACGAUCCAUGCGGCGCUCGAGGUGGCCGAGGUCAACGACGUGCAGGUGACGAUCCACACAGACACGCUCAACGAGUCGAGCUGCGUCGAGCACACGAUCGCGGCCUUCAAGGAGCGCACGAUCCAUACGUACCAUAGCGAAGGCGCGGGCGGCGGCCACGCGCCCGACAUCAUCACGGUCUGCGGCCAACUCCACGUGCUUCCGUCGUCGACCAACCCGACGCGCCCGUUUACGAAAAACACGAUCGAGGAGCACGUGGACAUGCUCAUGGUGUGCCACCACUUGGACAAGAACAUCGCCGAGGACGUGGCGUUUGCCGAGUCGCGCAUCCGCGGCGAGACGAUCGCCGCCGAAGACAUCCUCCACGACAUGGGCGCCAUCAGCAUCAUCUCGUCGGACGCGCAGGCGAUGGGGCGCGUUGGCGAGGUCAUCACGCGCACGUGGCAGACAGCCGACAAGAUGAAGACGCAGCGCGGCCCGCUGCACGACGACGUUGGCGCCGACAACUUUCGCGUCAAGCGGUACGUGGCCAAGUACACGAUCAACCCCGCGAUCGCGCACGGCAUGGGCCACCUGAUCGGGUCGGUCGAGCCGCAAAAGUGGGCCGACCUUGUGCUCUGGAAGCCGAGCCUCUUUGGCACCAAGCCCGAGAUGGUGCUUAAGGGCGGCGUCAUCGUCUAUGCUCAGAUGGGCGACCCGAACGCGUCGAUCCCGACGCCGCAGCCCGUCAAGAUGCGCCCGAUGUUUGGCUCCCUCGGCAAGGCUGUCGGCCCAACCUCGAUCGCGUUUGUGAGCCGCGCCUCUCUCGAGAAGGGCCUUGUCGCUACCUACGGUCUCUCCAAGCUCGUUGAGCCCGUGCGCAAUUGCCGCCGCGUCACCAAGCGCGAUAUGAAGCUCAACGACUGCCUCCCCACGCUCCGCGUCGACCCCGAGACGUACCAAGUGACGGCCGACGGUGAGCUGCUCACGUGCGCCGCCGCGUCGACCUUGCCGAUGGCGCAAAAGUUCUUCUUGUUUUGA